AUGUCCACAGAUAUAUGGGUGGGGAACUGGCGCCCCCACAGGCCCAGAGGACCCAUCGCUGCCCUGUACAGCAGCCCGGGCCCCAAAUAUGGGCUGCCGACGAAUGUAGGUUUCCAGCUGCACGACCCGUCCCGCUUCCGGGCUCCGGCCUACAGCUUUGGCACCCGGCGGUUCCAGGAGCUAGAGAGCUGCUCUCCCGGGCCGGGCUACCUGGUCCCGCCCAACAUGACCAUGAGGGGCAGGGAUGGUAUUCCCGCGUACUCCAUCUACGGACGCCCCCGAGACAUCAACCCCUUCAAGACGCCAGGGCCAGGUCGCUACUGCCCAGAGAAAGCCGGGAGAUUGGCCUACCCUUCCGCUCCCAUCUACUCGCUAGCUUCGCGGACGAAGGAGUUUGAGAACGACCAGACGCCAGGGCCAGCGGCAUAUGGGCUCCCCCCCAUGAUGGGGCCGAAGGUAGUCAACAAGAGCACCGCCCCCAACUACUCCAUUUAUGGUCGCAGUAUGAUCGGCAGCUUCUACGAGGAUCUCAGCAAGACGCCCGGGCCCUGCAACUACCGCCUGGUGGAUCCCAGCAUCUACAAGAACCGCCCGCCGCAUUACAGCAUGCUGGCCCGCAAUAUGCCUCCGGGGGACAAUACUACGAAACCAGGUCCAGGAGCGUACAGCCCGGAGAAGUACGCCCAGCAGCGUGGCCUGACCUUCGGGAUCCGCCAUUCGGACUACGUGGCUCCUCUCAUCGUGGACGUGGCAGAGUGA